AUGGAAUUAAACCUAAAAAAAUUCACUAUGAUAAGAAAAAUCUAAUUACUAUACCUACACUUCAAACUAUAGGUUCAAAGGAUUUUGCUUACUUAGAAUCAAUUAUUUAAACAACAGAAUAUUUGA